CAGCAACAGGUCGCCAAGAAAAGCGCAACCAGUUCUUCAGCCAUUGUAUCAUCGCCGCGCGGGUCGUGAUUAGUCGAUGAGUGCUUUGGUUCUUUCAAAUUCAUUUAUACGAUUUUCAUCAUCUCAUUUCUAAAUUAAUUUAGAAAUAAUUUUCAGAUUUUUUAAAAGCAUCUUUCUAAUUUCAAUUGGACUUAUCUGUUGGAGAUCAGUAUUGUAUAAAAUAUGCCUGCUCCAGAAGCUGAACGUAAUACUAGAAUUGCUAAUUUCAAAUUCAAUAAUAAACAUGAAGAAGCACGUAGGAGAAGAAGUGAAAUGUCUGUAGAGUUACGCAAAGCAAAGAAAGAAAAUCAGUUAUUAAAAAGACGUAAUUUAAAUAUAAUCGAAGAUGCAGAACCAUUAUCACAAACAGAAAACCAUGAUGUACUCCCUAUCUCUACAUCAAUUGAAGAGAUUGUUGGUGGUAUGCAUUCUUCUGAUGAGACUAUCCAGCUUCAAGCAACACAGGCUUGUAGGAAGAUGUUGAGUCGUGAAAAAAAUCCACCUAUAGACAACAUGAUACAGCAGGGAAUAGUACCACGCUGCAUUGAAUUCUUGGACUCUCAUCACAACUCUGCACUACAGUUUGAAGCAGCAUGGGCUUUAACUAAUGUAGCCUCAGGCACAUCUGAACAGACACAUGUUGUUGUGAAACAUGGUGCUAUUCCAAAAUUAGUAGCUUUGCUAAAAUCUUCUUCAUUGAAUGUUGCGGAGCAAGCUGUAUGGGCAUUGGGAAACAUUGCUGGAGAUGGACCAAUGGCUCGUGAUCUUGUUCUUGGCCACGAUGCAAUGCCACUUUUAUUGGAUUUAAUUAAGCCUGAUACUCCUGUAACAUUUGCCCGUAAUAUCGUUUGGACAUUAUCAAAUUUGUGUCGAAAUAAAAAUCCACCACCACCAUUUGAAAUUGUAAGAACAGCUCUACCAGUACUUAAUCGAUUGCUUAGCAAUACUGAUAAGGAUAUUUUAGCUGAUGCUUGUUGGGCAUUGUCAUAUCUUACUGAUGGACCAAAUGACAAGAUACAAGUAGUAAUUGAAUCUGGUGUUAUUCAAAAAUUAGUAGAGUUACUUUCAUCCAAUGAAGUAACACUUCUUACACCAGCACUACGAGCAGUUGGAAAUAUAGUUACAGGAAAUGAUGUACAAACGGACGCAAUCAUUUCUGCAGGUGGACUUCAACAUCUUGGUGCAUUAUUACAACAUAAUCGCGUAAAUAUCGUCAAAGAAGCUGCUUGGACUAUUAGUAAUAUUACUGCUGGAAAUGUAGAACAAAUUCAGCAUGUUAUACAUGCUAAUCUUUUACCACCUUUAAUUCAAGUGCUUGAAUCUGGUGAUUAUAAAUCACAAAAAGAAGCAGCAUGGGCUAUAACUAAUUUAACUUCAGGAGGUUCAGUUCAACAGUUAGCUCAUUUAGUACAGAUGGGUGUAUUAACACCAUUUUGUAAUUUGCUUGUAUCUAAAGAUUGGAAGACUGUCCUUGUUGUUCUGGAUGGUUUAACAAAUAUUUUGCAAGCAGCUGUAAAAAUGGGUGAAGUAGAACGUGUGGCUGUUAUGAUUGAAGAAGUUGGUGGACUUGACAAACUUGAAUUUUUACAACAAAAUGAAAAUGAACAAGUAUACCAAAAAGCCAUAGCAAUGAUUGAUACAUUUUUCUCAGAUGGCGAUACCGAGGUCGCUUCAUCAACAUUACCUACAACACAAGAUGGACAAUUACAGUUUACACCUGCUGAUACUGCACCUCAGAAAGGUUUUAAUUUUUAAAAUGUUUAAUCAUUCAUAUAUUACAGCUCACAACAAGUUAUAAUUCAUUUGUAAAUAUUUCAUAAUAACUGCAAAAUAUUAGCAAUCUCAUCACGCUAAACUAAUACUUCGUAUUUUGUGUUCUUUUUAUAUUCUUAAACAGCGAAAAUUAUUUCGAAAAAGUGUUUUAUUAUCUUUUUUUUUAUGGUAACAAUUUACUAUAUUGUAUUGAUCUGUACUGAGAAAAUUUGUUUAAAUUUACGAUUUCGACUAGUAUGCGAAAUUGUGCUCUCUACGAUCUCUCUCUAUGAUUUUUGGAAUAUAUACGUUCCACAUUUAUUUGGAAGAUAUAAUAUCAUAAAAUAUUAAGAUUAAGAUAGGCUUUUCAAAAAUUAAUUUUUCAAAGUAUCUUGUGCAUGUUGAGUUUUUUGUCGUAUUUUUUAUUCCUUAUACUUCCUUUUCAUAUUGUGACACAAAGACGUAUAUUUGUCAGUUAUACUGAAUCUAAUUAAUAAUACAAAUUUGUUUUUUUAUGUAUUUUUUAAUAAAAUUCAUGUGUACUUGAUUCGCUUACGUACUUUGAUCUUAUAACCUUUUAUACAUAUAAUAGAAUAUACCUUUUAAAGAAAUUAAAAGAUCGGUUAUAUGUAAUUUUAUAAUAUAUGAAAUUUAGUUUAUGUUAAAAAUCUGAAAUAUAUUUUAAUGAAAAAUUUAUUAUAAAUUAUAGUGACUAGAUAAUUGAGUACAUACUUAAUAUACAAUAUUUAUGUAUAGGUAUGCACUAAACUAAUAUUGUUUAACCUGUUUACUAAACAUAUAAGCACAUGGAAAGUGGAUUAUGCUACCAUAGUAGAAUAAUCUAACUCUCACAAGAACUUCGUGAAAAAAAACCUAUUGAGUACUCAUAAUAUUGCCAAAAUACUUAAAACUGUAAAGUAAAAAAUAAUACUUUCUGGUCAUUUCUAUAUCAUCUAUCCGUCCUUACUUCUAUACAUAAUUUAUGUUAUAAAUAUAUAAAAUAUUAAUAGGCAAACAUUGUAGUGAUCCAUACAAGCAUAUUAAUGUACGCUACGUAGAAUUGCAUAAACCAUUUUUAUACUAUCGACCAAGAACGAUGUCACUUUGAUCAUUCACUAGAAAAUGAUAGACAAAUGCAGCUUUUUUUCUAUCAAAUGUAGCUUGUGUUGCACGACUUCUUUGUAGUCGGUCUUCUCUGCUUCUUGGUGGAUCUCGUAAAAAGAUUGAUCCAAACAAAGUUGCUAUGAAAAGAUUCAUAAUUUUUUUUUUAACAUUACAUAUGUUUUUACAUUAUGUAAACUUAUAAGAAAUAACAAACAUGUAUUUUAACUAACCAAGAGUUUUAGCAUCCAAUUCAUUGUCUUGAGUGUGGUUUAAAAGCUCUUGUAAGAAAAAAAUAAUAUACAAAAACACGCUUCUCCUGGUUUCAGAAAGUUGCAUAACAAUCUACAAUUAAAAAUGAUAUUCAAUUACGAAAAAUACAUAUUGUGUGUAUGUGUGAAUUCUUAGUAUAUGUAUAUAUAUAUAUAUAUAUAUAUAUAUAUAUAUAUAUAUAGUAUAUGUUUAACAUAUAUAUAUAUAAGCUUUCUAUAUUACUUGUUUGCAUUGUAAAUAGCUCGUCGCUGCUGUUAAGCAAACACUAUGUAGAUUAUAUGGUAUCAAAGGUUCUGCCGUCGAUUCUAGUAGCAAAAGUAAUGCCUCUGCUACAGAAUGUACGCUACCAGCUUCAUUCGAUCGAACAUGUUAAGAAAUAUUUAGUUUUACAUCUUUCGUGUAAAUAAAUAAAUAAAUAAAUAAAUAAAUAAAUAAAUAUACGUAUUUUAAAGGA